AUGGCAUAUACCUAUCCCCGUACAGUCACUCAACCAAUUCAACCAGCCCCAGCGCGCCCUUAUCAGAAGGUCAUGUAUAAUACUCCUCAAUAUUACUACCAACCUCCCCCGCAGCAACCUUUGUAUGCAGCACCAGCCCAACAAAUUAUCUAUCAGCCACCACAGCAGUAUCAAAUGGUUCAAUAUUUACCAACAUCUGGCCAACAAGCUCAGCCAGUUUACAUCCCAGAAGAUGUUUAUGCUCAGCAAAUGCAAAUGUCGAUGCAGCAAAUUCCGCCACAACAACCGGUAAGAUAUGUUCAGCCACAACAACCAGCACCGAUUGAUCCAACCCCGCAACCUGCUGCUGUUGUUGAUCCAAGAAGGAAGAAGAAAGAGGUUCCUACAUCUCCUCAAUACACACAAGUUCAACAGACUUACACUCAGCCAAAGAAAGCUGCCCCAACCCCUGCACAAACCUACCCAACAGCUCAACCAAUCCAGGUUCAAACUCCAGUACAAACACCUCCGGAAACAGAACCUCUUCAAUCUCUCGAAAAUUGUCUUCCAAAAGUCCCAACUUCCAUUAUUUCAAAGGAAUUCAGCGCUCCUCCAGGUUGUUUCAAUAUAAUAAGACGUGGCAAUCUGCCUGGCCUUUCAUUUUCACAAAUCUAG